AGGAGCAGAGACCGGAGCUGUCCAUCAGCACCAAGAGGCCUUGGGCGGGCUGCUGGGUAUGGGGCCGUGGCGCCGGGCCUGCCUGAGCCCGAGCUGGAGCUGGAGCUGGAGCUGGAGCUGCAGCCCGAGCCCAGGGGAGCCACGGGAGCCAGGGGGCCUGAGUGGGACCCAAACAAGGAGCCGGCGGAGCAGCGGCAGUGCAGUGCAGGCUGCCCCGGGUGGGUGACCCCACACCCUUGCCUUCCUUGGCGCCAUGUCCGGCACUGUGGAGACACUACGGUUCCAGCUGCUGCCUCCCGAACCAGAUGAACCCCUCUGGGGCCUCCCCUGUGAGCAGCCCCUGGAGCGGAGGUAUCAGGCGCUGCCCUCCCUCGUCUGCACCAUGUGCUCCCUCUUCGGUGUUGUCUACUGCUUCUUUGGUUACCGCUGCUUCAAGGCUGUGCUUUUCCUCACGGGACUCCUGUUCGGUUCAGUGGUCAUCUUCCUGCUCUGCUACCGAGAGCGGGUGCUGGAGACGCAGUUGAAUGCUGGGGCAAGUGCGGGCAUUGCCCUGGGCAUUGGCCUGCUGUGCGGGCUGGUGGCCAUGCUGGUGCGCAGUGUGGGGCUCUUCCUGGUUGGGCUGCUGCUCGGGCUGCUGUUGGGGGCAGCUGCCUUGAUGGGCUCAGGCCCCUUCUACCAGCCAGGCUCUGUGUGGGGGCCCCUGGGGCUGCUGUUAGGAGGAGGCCUGCUCUGUGCCCUGCUCACAUUGCGCUGGCCUCGUCCAUUCACCACUCUGGCCACUGCUGUGGCUGGGGCUGCACUGAUUGCUGCCGCAGCCGACUACUUUGCAGAACUGUUGCUGUUGGGGCGCUAUGCUGCAGAGAGGCUUCGGGCUGCCCCAGUGCCUCCACUUUGCUGGCGGAGCUGGGCCCUGCUGGCCAUCUGGCCGCUGCUCAGUCUGAUGGGCGUCCUAGUACAGUGGAGAGUCACAGCUGAGGGGGACUCACAUACUGAGGUGGUGAUUAGCCGGCAGCAGCGUCGGGUCCAAUUGAUGAGAAUUCGGCAAAGGGAGGAGCGGAAGGAAAAGCGGAGAAGGAAGAGACCCCCACGGGCUCCUCCUCGGGGUUCCCGGGCCCCACCAAAGCCAGGCCCUCCUGACUCUGGCUAUCGACGAAGGCCUGUGCCUGUCAAACGAUUCAAUGGAGACGUGCUCUCCCCAAGCUACAUUCAGAGCUUUCGGGACCGGCAGACGGGGAGUUCUCUGAGCAGUUUUGUGGCACCACCUGUAGACCUGGAUUAUGAAUGUGGUUCCACAGUGCCACUAACAGCUGCCUCGGGCCCCCCUGUUCGAGUGUAGCUGACCCUCAUCUGGUCAGAGGAGACCCUGAAACUUGACUCUUCAGACACUGACUCUGCCAGGAUGGGGUGGUGGUGGGGAAUAACUUCAUCCUUACCCCAUGGAUUGACCUGGACCAGGGCUUCAUUCACUGCCCAAGGGCUGGCCCUCUGAUCAGAGUUCCUUUGGGGGGCCAAUUACCUGAGGAUAAUCUACUCAGACUCCUCCCUCAGGGGCUACUGAGAGUGAAUCUGGUCCAUUUGAGCCCCUGAAGGAAAAGGAUCUGCCUUUGGGGCUGAACUCAGGAGUUUUGUGUUUGUAUGUUGGGGGGUGGAGGGGACCCAGCCUCCUUGCCUUAGAUCUCUGGUGUGUAGGGCUGCUUUCCAGGGGACACUCAGCCUUCUCUCUCUCAAUGUUCUGGAUCCUAAGGGCCAUCCCCCUGCAUGCCUAUGUUGGUGGGAAAGGCCCACCCUUGUCACCUCAACCCCAUCUCAAGGGCUGGGGCUGCUUUCUGAACAGGCUCUUCAUACAGGCUGCAUCCCUUUUGCCUGGGGGGGGGGAAGGUUGCAAUGCCCUUUACCCCUAUGUCCCCCAUCCCUCCUCAUCUUCUGCUAGAUGCCAGCUGCAGUGGUAUUUGGUGGAAGGUGGGCAGGGGCUUCUGGAAUUGCCCCAGGUGGAGAGGGAGGGAGGGAAUGGGGGAGGGUGUGUGGGCUGAGGGAUUGGGUGGGUGGGUUUUGGGGGCUUGUGCACGGUGCAUGUCUGGUGUCUUUUGUUCCACUCCAGACACCUCGUGCUUCUGUCUCCUCCUGCUCCUCCUCCUCCUCCUUCUCUUCCUCUUGUUUUACAUCUUUUAUAAAUGUGCCAAACUGCA